AUGUCUCGUAUCUCGUCAUUCUUGCCGACAAUCCUCUGUCUUCACGGCACCGGCACAUCCGCCAGCAUCUUUGAAGCACAAACGCGAAACCUCAGAAAUGCUCUAAAGUCACAAUUCAAAUUCAUCUUCAUCGAUGCACCUUACCUUUCCGAACCAGGCCCUGGUGUAGUGCCUGCUUACGUCGACUCUGGACCUUUCUAUAGCUGGUUCUCGCCUUCUGCAAAUGAUUCGAUGGAGUCUGUAGCUCGAGAGUUUAUGAACUGCAAUGAGCACAUCAAGAGAAGCUUGGCAGAACUCGACAUUGAGCCUUCGAGCAUCACAGCAGUCAUGGGAUUCUCCCAAGGCACUAUUGUGGCAUCGAUGUUGCUGGGACAAGCUCAAUAUCACAGUGUCGAGUGGGCAUCUACAGACGUCGAUCUGGCAGAUGUGCCAUGGGCUGGACUGCGAUUUGGCGUGCUGCUCUCGGGAUCCUGCAGUGAUGGUGUUGUUACAGCUUUCAUGGGAAAGAAACUUCAACUGCCAUGUGUACACUUGCAUGGUUUGCAAGAUCCGUUUCUUGAGCACGCACGUAUGUUGCAUACCAAGAUCUAUCAUGCCACUUCAUCAGAUGUGGUCGAAUUCGAUGGCGGACACAACAUUCCUGGAAGCAAAGCAGAUCUUGAUAGAUUGGUUGCUUUGAUACGCGGUCUCAACAGGAAGACGAAGACGAAAGCAUGGGCGAAGAGAAGAUAG